AAAAGUGGAAAAGCAACUAGGAUGCCAGAGAAAUCUAUCAAAAAGCCCCUGGGCUUAAUUUUACCCUUGGAGAGUGAUACGAACAAGGAGCCGGAGAGUAGGGAGCAAGUGAACAUGAGAGAGAGGAGGGGAAUAGGGACGAGAUUGAGAAAGGGGCUGAUCAUGCAGAAAAUUUUGUCAUCAGUUCAUGCCUUGAAAAACAGCACUGAUCUCCAAUACCAUCUCCGAUCUCAGUGCGAGCGAGGGAGAGAUGGUAACAAGAGGAGGCAGAGGAAAAGCGAUUGCUAUCAUAAGAGAGGGAGGGAGUAUUGGCAAGGUGAAGGGAGGCAGCGAGAGGACUGAAGCACUGAUAGGAGUGCCACAGGCAAGGAAGGAGUGAUUGAGAAAGGGGAGUGGAAGGGAGAAAGCAGCAUAACAGCCUGAAUAGAGUGUACAGGAUAAGAGUGGGAUCGCAGAAGACAUCAGGAGAAACAUCUGAAACGAGAGAAAAGAAAUCAAAGAAAAGAGGAAUCUGGACUUCACAUGCAAAGAAAAGUAACAAGGGAUUUAGGGGGAGAGAAGAUCUGGUAGUCGAUGAGGUCAGAUAGUUGAGCAUGUGACGGAUGAAACUGUUUUUUCCCUUGGAGGCGUACGAUUGGACUGUGUUGUGAAUCUCUGCACGUGUUUGCUUGCUUGUGUCACGAAAAUACGAAUGAAGACAGAACACCUGUUAUUCUAUGAGUUUGCAUGCAUUGGGUAAUAUCUGCAGCAUUUUACCUACCUGCACGCUGUUUGACCUUCCUUAGUCAGCAGGAGGAGUGUGACUGCAGAGAAAAAGAAGAGAGAAAGGAAAAGAGGUGAAGGGAGGGCGACUCUACAGAAAAAAACCCCGAAAGAGAGAGAGUGUUAAAGUGGAGUUGCAGCUGAGGGAGUUGUUGCUGUGAUUACUGUGCUUGCACUGUCCUCACAGUCUUAGACCUGCUCGCAUCUGCUUGGAGCUCCUGUGGUGAUACAGUGUAUUGGAUUUUUGCUUGGACCUUUAAUCAUCUACAGCUUCUAAGACAAGACUCCCACCUGUAUCUAUGGACUAACACAGCUGAAAUGACCUCAGUUUUUAAAAAGGCCUGGAUUUAGUUUUCCUACUUUGUGAACUACAUUUCUGAACAUUUUAGGGUAUUUUCAAAUGCUAGUGCUGUGAGUGUUCCUCAAGAACGAAUAUGUCAGACAAUCCUCAAGGGUGUUUUGGACUUGCUCCCAGGGUGGGAGACUCCAAGGUUGGAGAUGCUAAAACGGGAGAGGGGAUGAGAAUGGGAGAGAGAGACACUCCACUGAGGCUGUCGCCUUUCCGUAUGCUUCGAAUGCUGGAUUCAUGCCGCCAACCAGGAAACCGGAUCGGCAUCGUCCAUGAAAAUGUGAAGAUGGGUUCGGAUGGUGAAAGUGAUCAAGCAUCUGGGACAUCCUCUGAUGAGGUUCAGAGUCCAGUGAGAGUCCGUAUGAGGAACAAUAACCAUCGCCGCAUAUCUAAUGAGGACAUAAACAAGCGGUUGUCUCUCCCUGCUGAUAUCAGACUGCCAGAGGGCUACUUGGAGAAGUUCGCCAUGAACAGCCCACCAUUUGACAAACCCAUGAGCCGCAGACUUCGACGCGCAUCACUGUCUGAAAUUGGUUUUGGGAAACUUGAGACGUACAUCAAACUGGACAAGCUGGGCGAGGGAACCUACGCUACAGUGUUUAAAGGCCGAAGCAAGCUGACAGACAAUUUGGUAGCUCUGAAAGAGAUACGCCUGGAGCAUGAAGAGGGUGCACCCUGCACAGCCAUAAGAGAAGUGUCUCUGCUGAAAGACUUGAAACACGCCAAUAUUGUCACUCUCCAUGACAUCAUCCACACUGACAAGUGCCUGACUCUGGUGUUUGAAUACCUGGAAAAAGACCUCAAGCAAUAUAUGGAUGACUGUGGGAGCAUCAUGAGUAUUCACAAUGUCAAGAUCUUCUUAUUUCAGCUUCUAAGAGGUCUAGCCUACUGCCACAGAAGGAAGGUUCUCCACAGAGACCUUAAACCCCAGAACUUGCUCAUCAAUGAAAAAGGAGAGCUCAAACUGGCAGAUUUUGGUUUAGCUCGGGCUAAGUCUGUCCCCACAAAGACGUACUCAAAUGAAGUCGUGACGUUAUGGUACCGACCACCAGAUGUUCUUCUGGGCUCAACUGAGUACUCCACACCCAUUGACAUGUGGGGCGUUGGCUGCAUCUUUUAUGAAAUGAUCACAGGCAGACCUCUCUUCCCAGGAUCAACUGUGGAAGAUGAACUGCACCUCAUAUUUCGUAUUCUUGGUACUCCCACAGAAGAGACUUGGCCCGGGAUCACUACAAGUGAAGAGUUUAAAACGUACAAUUUCCCCCGCUACCAUGCUGAACCCAUUGUCAACCAUGCACCCAGGAUAGACAGCGAUGGUCUUGACUUGCUGUUAAAGCUCUUACAGUUUGAAGCGAAGAACCGCGUAUCAGCUGAGGAGGCUUUGAGACACCCUUAUUUCAGAACUCUAGGAGAGCAUGUUCAAUCGCUGCCUGACACUGCAUCUAUCUUCUCUGUAAAAGGCAUCCAACUGCAUAGAGAUCCAGGGAAGAGGUCCUCAAUUCACCCAGAUUCAACAGUGGCCCAUAAGCUAGGCUCUGCACCCUCGCAGUACUUCCAGAGAGAGGCAGCCAAUCCCAGGGCUCAGAGUCACAAUCUCUCCUCCACUUCCACUGGCUGACUGGGCCCUAUCAAUCUGGCCAGGGGAAGAAUAGAAGGCAGAGUGUAUUGUUUUAGUGCUGGUGGGGCGGUGAGAUGCAGAGGACAGUGACACAUGGAGCUGUCUCGUCCAAACAAACAAUUACCAACCCCACCACACAAUCUGAAGGAGCGACGCACACCCUACCACAUAAAGUCACACACUCCUACUAGAGGAAAAGACAGACCUACACAUGCAACAUGCACACUCAUGCAGGGAACGUGAUAACAAAACCACACAAAACUAUGGCUGAGAAUUGCAAAAAUUCUAAUUUAUAGACCAAGACUCUGUUCAAUCCUAAAGAUGAAAAAGAAUAAUAAAAAAGGUGUGAUGCCAGAAGAAAAGUUGGAGAAUAUAUGGUUCUCCUUGCUGCUACUACCACUGUUGUCCAGAAGAGGGCAGCGUUAUAAUGUGAGCUGACUCAGAUUUGAAACAGAACUUGCUGUAUCAGUGAGCUGUAAGGAAGGAGUCAAAGUGAACAUGAGUAAGAGGUGUCCACUCUCACUUUCUGUUCACAUUAUUGCUGUAAAUAAGACUAAGCAGUUGAACUCUUGCUUUUUUCAUAGCACACCUCACCCUGAAUCCUAACUCUAAAGCAUUGCACCUCAAUCCUAAACCUUUACCUGACCCCUUAAAUGAUCUUUCUCUGUCUUUUUUUUAUAACUAUCUUAAACACAUUGACUCACACUGAUGGCUCACUUGAAAGUGGCGAGUGUGGGGAAAAUUGGAGUUUACAGAGAUAAACAUUUGCACCUUAUUGCCCCGCAGAGGUCAGGGUGGCUGUUUCUGUUACCUCAUCGGUCGCUCCAGCAGAGUAGGAUGCCAAGUACACGACUGAACAAGAAUCAAUUGAGAAACCAAAAAUGAACCCACUAAAAUCAUACAACAUGGAUAUUUUUUGCACUACUUCACUACUUUAUAUUUGAAAACACUCUGCAUUCCUGCAAAGGUGUAAAGAACAUUAUACUGCAAGAUGCUGUCGUUCUGUUUUGAGAAGGAAAACGCUGAACAGGUAAAGGAAGUGUACAAAUCCUCACCUACUGAUUCCAAGACACCCCUCCCCUUGUCCUUUUUGCCUUGAUUGAGAAGCUUUGUUGUCUCAUGUGAGAUGUUAAUGUUAAACUGUCCCCUUUGUAUCUGAUUUUUUACCUCUAACUCAUGAGUAGAUCCUUAAACUAUCUUCUGUCAAACCUUAUGUGCUUUUUUUUUUAUAUUUUACUUUUUUUAAAUACAAGAAAUUUGUAUAUAUGAUCAUGAGAUUUACUUUUUCAGAAGAAGCAAUGAUUAUUCCAGGAUGCUGUUCUCAGUCUUAACAGUGGGUGAUUAGCUGGGGACGUGUUGCACAUUCCUUGAGCUCAGGACUUUUUGCUCGUGUUGUUUCUGUGGAUGCUGUGAGGUGCAGGUGAUUGCGUGUCUCCCCAGUAGAGCAAAUCAUGGUCCGAAGUCCUUUGCAAUGCUGGUUUAUAUUGUAUGUAAAGAAUUUCAGUCUGUGUUGUCACUCAUUCUGUGUUAAAUCCAAUGCAUCAUUGCUGUUUAGAGACUACCUUACAUUAAGUCCAUUCUCGUCAUGUUUUUAAGCAUGUUUCUAUGUUAAACACAUGUUUUUAUGUUGGUAUGUGGAAUAGCUGUUGCAGGAAGAGGAAUACCUCCUUCAAGUGUUGCAUGGGACAUCAUUAUAUCACCUGAUUAUUACAACAACACAUAAUAUGAACCUGAAGUACCAAAAACAACACAAAGAAAAUGACUGCACAGUGUGACGUUCUGGCUGGGACCAGAAGGGUUGUACAACAAAUCAAAGUCAGCUGAAACGCCGUACUUAGACACUCAAACACGCAGUGCCCUCCAUAUGUCCUGCCACCUCCUCGUAAAGAUGUGUGAAAAGCAAACUCAAUUAAAAAAACUAAUUAAAAUACAGCACAAAAAAUCAUGUUUUAUUGCAGUAGCCUAAUUUCACACAAAUUUGAAAAAUUGAGAAAAAUAUAUUCAGCAGAAAAACAAAUCCUCAUUUAUGUAUUUUGUUUUCUUUUUACAAAAUUAUUGGCAAUGUAUUCAAUGUAACUGGAGCUUUUUCUAAUUAUAUUUUAAGUUAAAUAUAGUAAACAUGUUUAAUUACUAAUCCAUGGCUUCCUGUUUCCCUGAGAUAUAGAUAUGGUGUGACAGACCCCCUUAGCUACUCUUCAAACUAUAAAAGACAAAAUAGCGUAUCAUGUAAGUAAGGCAAAUGUGUUCAUAAGUCAGGAAAUCUACAGUUAGGCAACAGUUAAUAAGAUUAAAAAAGAUUAACUUGUUCUGUGGUGACAAGAUAAACUUGUCAUAGAAGCAAGAUGGAUUUUUACGGAGAUAAAAAAAAGUCUCUAAAGCUCACUGUUGGAUAACUGCUGCAGGUUUUUCAGUUUCAGAUUAUUUUACUGUAAUAAAAUAUUAUUCAUUAAUAUUUUAAUCAUUUCAAUUUCUACAUAUUUUUACUUGGUGUGCUAAUAAGUGUGGAGGGUGCUGUAUUGUGCAUUGAUCCGUUUUGGUUUUACGGGCUGCCAGAACCGGGAUGACUGACGUCAGUCCUCCCAAACACCAGGUGUUCAAGCACACAACUGCUGUUUUUACACACCAGUUUGCUCACAUGUCAACAUGUACUGUAUCUGUCAGAAGGCCUGUUAAUGUACGUCAGAGUUCUGACGUUGACCUCAGGCCAUUUCUGUGUUUUCUCUGAAAUGGAUUUAGAAUGAGUCAAGUGAUCCCAUGCCUCUGUCCGUCAUAAGGACUACUAAUUUUCCUAGAGUGUGACCGUAUGUAGCAUGUACAUAGAUUAUCCCUCACUCUGUAUAUACAGAAAUGUACAGGUUUGAUAGAACUAUUCACAUUCUAGAUUUGUCUCCUUUUUUGCUUUUCUUUAUUAAAAGGCUUAGCAAUAUUUCUGUAAUCAAUAAAAAGCCAUUGAAAUUG